UGCUGUGUCUUGACGCUUAAUCGCUAAUUCGUGCAACGAAUCAAGUUGCGUUGGCAGCCACAGGCUUUGACGUUUGAGAGCUGUGAGUGGUGGGACACGAAUGGAUCAAGACUGAAGCUCAUGAGGUGUCUCUACAUGCCCCAAGAAAAUAUUAUGAACUCCACGAAGUAAAGUUGUAAGUAAGAUUGGUUAGGAUAUUGUAUAAUAAGAUGGAGGCUACAGCCGGAACUGGAACUGCCUCUCUUUCAGAAACCAAGCCUAAUCCUUCAGAAAAUAGCAUGAGAUCAGAGACUUUCUGUACUGGUUCAGAGAGAGAAAGUCCACGAACUGGACAUUCUUCCACUUCCCCUUCAGGACAAGGUCAUCCCCACGUGCCUGGCGAGCCUCUCAUAAGUCAGCUGAACGGGGCUGGUUCUCCUGGCCAGGGGUCAGGCACAGGCUCGUCCCCGAGUCCUCCCGGUUCCAGUCUGUUGCCGGACCUAGCCACUCGUCAAUUCACGCCCGCUUCUCUUGCCUCGACUGUGGCUAGUAUGAUCAGUGCAGGAGUCAAGUCAGGCGUCGAAAUGAACCACACUUCUCCUGGGGUGUCUGUUUCUGGAAUGCCCUGGUCCCUUAUGCCUAGCAGUUACGGGUACGGCGGUAACCGGCUGGAGCGCCCGAUGCAUUCGGGUUCUCCGCCUGGGAUUCCCGCAGAUUCAGCCCAUGAGUGUCGCCUGAUCGAUUAUCGCGGAGCCAAAGUGGCCGCUUUCCGUGUGCAGAACGAAUAUCUGCUGUGUCUACCACAAGCCUUUGAACUGUUCCUGAAACACCUUGUCGGAGGACUGCACACAGUUUACACCAAACUGAAACGGCUGGACAUCAAUCCGAUUGUGUGUAACGUAGAACAGGUCCGGAUCUUGCGAGGACUGGGAGCAAUCCAACCCGGCGUGAAUCGUUGUAAGCUGUUGUCUUGCAAAGAGUUUGAUAUUCUGUACAAGGACUGCACCACUGCCAGUUGCAGGCCGGGGAGACCACCUAAGAGAGCUUCAAUGGUCAGUAUGUCCACCUCACCGAACAACCUGAUGAAGAAAGGAAGAUUGGAGAUGGACUAUCACGCUUAUGAAAAUGGACAUAUAACGGGAGACCAUUUGGACAAGGCGUCGUUAUUUAACAAUGGAUACAAUCACCACAUGGUGGCGCAAGCUGCUGCAGCGGCGGCGGCGGCGGCAGCAGCAGCAACUGGAGCGCCUCCACACAUCAAUCCACUACCCUUCAUGGCACUAAACCACCAGGUGUCACACCAUAAUAUGCUUUCUAGUACAUUGUCUUCAUCCUUCACAGUUCCAUCUAGUCACUCUCAUUUGCACGGACUUUCUCAACGAAGUGAGGGCGCUGGCGUCAAGGACAAAGCCGGACAUGUUUCUGACAUCCAUUCCUCAAACAGAAUUCGAGAUGAGCGCCCCGAUGUAUCUGGUGGGAAAAACAAACACUACAACAACGAAAGUCAGAGGAUGAAAGAUGCAACCUUCUUAAACGGUGUUGCUACCAACGGCCAAAGUCCAGCCCUAAAUCUAUCUCAAAACAGCAGCAGACUCGGAAUUGUGGCAGCGAAUCAUGUAGGCGGUGAUCACAGCGGAAGUGACCUAGCGUAUAACGACCUCGGUGACUAUGAUGAUAACGACACGGAUUUGGAUGAAGACGACGACAGAGAACAAGAUUACAGUGACAACCCUGACGUCAGCAGUACUGCGAAUACAGAUAGACUUGCAAACAACCAAGGAUUGCUAUUCCAGAACAAUGGAGCUACAGCCAUGGGCCAAGCAGUGUUUUCAAUAGAAACGUUGUUAAGAAACAUUCAAGGUCUUUUAAAAAUGGCUGCAGAUAACGCCAGGCAUCAGGAACGGCAACUGAAUUUAGAAAAAGUCGAGUUGCGUGUGGAAGCCACUAGGGAGCGCGAGCUCCGUGAAAAUCUGGAGAAACAACUUUUGGAAGAGCAGAGGGCGAGAAUUAUUUACCAAAAACGGUUACGGAGAGAGAAACGCUCACGUAGAAGAGUUCAAGAGCAAUUAGAAGUGGAAGCUAAAAAACGUUCUCAUUAUGAAGAUGCCCUAAGGAGUUCUUCUGCAGAAACCCUGCGUUUGUUGAACGAAUCCCUUGUGGAGGAGCUGGAAAAAGAGAGACAUAACAGAACUGAAAGUGAGAGAAAGAACCAAGAUUGUCAGAUGUCGCUAUGAGAAAGAGACAGAGAGAGAGAGGAGAGAGAGAGAGAGAGAAAGGGAAGAGAGUAUCUAAAAGAUUCCCAUGUGGUAGUAAUGUAUCUCCUUGCAGAGACUGGAAGUGCGAACAAACAUUAUAGGAAGAUUAUACGAGAAGAAGUCAAAUACAACGGGAAACUGUAAAAAUGUUAUCGAGUAGAUCACACCUUACCAGAUUGAUUUUGUUACUGUGUUUGGUUCCUUCUCUUGUGCGUAGUAAAAGCGGCUUUCGUAGCUUCAAGUAGGAUCACGUGGCGACUGGCAGAAAGCUAGAAAACUUUGUCUUACUGUUCAUUGUUCACUGUUCAUAUGUUCUAUUUUACGGUGUCUGGAUCUUUCAAUUUAAUUAAGAAAUACAUUUUAUUGUAGUCAAUGAACACGUAAUCUUUGUCGGCUGAGCCUUCCCAUUUUGUACUAUGGUGAAGCAUAAGAAUGAGUUUGAUGUUAAAAAAGAAUUUAGAAGCGAUAGAUCAAAAACGAGUAAAUCUAUUAGAUUUGGUAUUCCAAAAUAACACUCAUAUUAAUUAUAAAGAUACUUGUACUAUUGUCAAUAGUUUUUGUGCCACAUAAUUACAGGAAUUUUACAGAGAAUUGUGAUAGUUACUAGAGCUACAAAUCCCUGUUGUUUUUGCUGAUUUAGUUGCUCUUUGUUUGAUAAUCACACGUAAGAGUUUUAUAUAUAUCUGUCUUUCCUAUAUUCAGAUUACUUCCACACUAAUGGAAGCAAGCCAUAAAGUCCACAGUCAACCACUUAAUCCCAAACUAUAUAUAAUUCAUAACACCACAACACACAAGAGCAUUUUUGUAAAAUUCAUUUAUUGCCACAGUUGACUAGUACACAUAAGAAAUGUUUUAAAUACAUGUUUAUAAUAAAGAGAUUAGGAAGAUGAAGUAGAGAGGUAAAAAUGAACAUUUCCCGAAAUGUGAAACGAGAAGUUGAAAGGUCAAGUUUGUUAUUUGGUUAUAAAAUAAUCAAACAUGACUAGUAAAAAAAACAAACAAACAUGGUUUAAAAAAUGAAAACAAAAACAACAAGAAAACAUAUAUAUAGUUUUAAAAUACUGUGUUCGUGAUCUUUUAUACUGUCUUCUACCUUGAAAAAGUUGCUCUAUCGAAUUUCUUCUGUUGAAAACAUAUCAAAAGCAAAAUAUUUGGUGUUACGCAAAAUUUGAAGUUUUCAAAAGCUCCAAUGAUAUUUAUGAGCUUUAUUUAACGUUUUCGUUACUUCUCUUGGAAAAUUUCUGACUUAUUAAAAAUGUUCAGAGUCCUGGCUAUUCCUUUGAAUUGAUAUGAAAACAUCACAGCACAUGCACGUGACAAGAUCCGGUCGAGGUCUGACGAUUAAAUUCUCUAACCCGGACAUGCAUCAUUCAUCACUGUCGAGUGUUUCGCUUUUAAAAAUAGAAGAAAAAUACUAAGGCCUAAAAGGCAUAGAUAAAGUGUAAUCAUCUUCAUGAUUAUAAACUCCAUACAUACCGUUCAAGGGAGUUUUCUAAACUUUCACAAUAUUUUAAGAGUUAGAGCGCCCCCUCUUGGUAAUAUGACUGACAUAACCUAACAUUUUAAGACUACCCUAAAGGCAAAAAAGAAAAAGAAAAUUAACGUACAUUUUAGAUAAAAAAAAUUCGAGUUUGGUAAUCUAUCUAUUUAACCUUAUUUCUAGAAGAGAGAUAGUAAUAAGGAAAGUUACUAUUAAAUUAAACUUAAUUCCAAUUUAUUAAUUGUUUUUUUUUUUAAACCUUGUUUAUGCAUCUUUCUAAGUUUAAAUCUACACAUAAUGACGUCACUUUGAAUCGGAGCGUAAUAGCUGGUGGUAGGACUCAAGCCUUGUCCAAUGAUAUAAAUAAUUGACUUUAAACGGCAGGUAUUUUCUCAUUUAGUGAUUUAGUAAAUGUUUUUUAUCGUAAAGAUUUGUUGAAAAAACAAACAAAACAAUGAUUUGUUGCUGUAUUCUAGAGGGACCAAUCCAAGACACGUAUUUCACCCAUUAUUAUCUAUCCAUGUAGAGCCGAAUUAACAAUAAAGCAGUCGACGUAAUAUUUUGAAGGGCUGUUUAUUAUUUUUAUAUCAAUUUCUACAGUGUUUUAUUUUCAGUCUUGUGUUUUAAAUGAUACUGCUCAAUGCCUAAAUGUUUUAAUGUUUAUUCUAGGCCACCUUCAUUUGUUAUGUAUGAAAAUGUGAUAUGUUUCCUUACUCACUCAGUCAAAUUAAUAACGUACUCAGUACAUACUGUAAUUUUUUAUUAACUUCUUUCGCUUACAAAGAUUUGAGAGUUUGAUUUAGGGCGAAGAUACAACGUAGGUUUUUGGACAGUGGGUGAAUAGGAAGUGACGUUUUAUAAAAUAAACGUUAAGUAGUUCACUAUCUUUAAAAAGCCAGCUUCUAGCCUAAACAUUAAUGUCCAGACUUGCAGUACUCACCUGUGGUUGUGCUGUAAAUAAGCUAACGGUAAAACAAAUGUAUGUAGUAUAUUGUAUGUGGAUUCAAUGCUUGUUAAGUACAAUUUUACUAGGUUUUGAGUUGUUUGUGUGCCAAACCACUGUAUUUCGGUAUUGUGUUUAACCCAGUGUUUUAGUAAUUAACAAUGAUGAAAAAAUCAUGUUUGUUUUAUUUCUUUGUUAUUCUUCACAGCCACUAGACUUAUUUGACUGUUGUUUUAUUUUGAGCCAGAUUUAUUUGAAACUCACAAGGUUUGGCUAUUGCACUGCGAUAUACUCAAAUCGUACAAGUUAUCUGCUUCCAUGGUUUCUAGCAUAUAAACUAUUAGACGCUUACGUGUGUGGUACUUUUAAUUCAAUCGUAGAUUGUUAAAUAAAAGAUUUCGUGUGUUCAAAACAAACGAACCACAGAUUAUAUCUCGCAUACUAUAGUUAUAUCUUUUACUGAUAUCCGGUAUAUUGAUCUCUCCUUACACAUGUUAUUUUUAAUGCAAAAAUGAUAAAUUAUUGAAAAAAGGGGAACUAAUGCUAAGUGUGCUUGAACGAAUAAUUUCAGAUGAGUUUCAGUUUUAUUUUCAUCCUAAAAGUUUCUUCUGAUGGCCAAGUGAUUACGCAUCCAGUUAAAGCGUCUUGUCAUUCAAAAGAUUCAAUUCUUAUAGGCGGGUUUAAGUUUGUCAUCCAAAUAGUGUUAGAAUCAACACACAGGGUUGGAAAAAAUCCCAGUCAAACACGAUCUACUCUCUGCCCUACCUGAUACGGCAGUCACGCCCUGAAGACACACCCAAACAGCAGGUAAUGUUCUACAGUGUUGAUAUCACACCGGCCUCGUAGCUGUCGGAAAUCAUGUGAGGAGACAAAAAAGUCCAACUGGACUUUUUUUGGAAUAGUGUAUGAAAUUGAUUUUAAACUCACAUACUUUUUUUAUAAUUUCGAUAUAUGUAUGGUUCCUCUGCGUGUUUCAGACUUCGCUUACCUUUUAAUAAUUUUCUUAUUAAAAAUUAUUAUUGUUGAUCCGUUGAUUAAGUAUUUGUAUUAUUGAUUCAUUAAUUACGUAUUUGUAUUGUUGAUUCAUUAAUUACGUAUUUGUAUUGUUCAUUCGUUAAUUGCGUAUUUGUAUUGUUAAUUCGUUAGUUACGUAUUUGUUUAAGGCACGUUCAACUGCUGAAAAGAAGUUACAGUUUCGGUUUGAAAGUCAAAAUGUACAGCUAUAAAGCUUGGAGGAUAAGACAGAAUGCACAUUUUACAUGUAAAUUGACGAUAUUGAAAAGAAAACAAAAGACAGAGCUUUGUUUGACAACUAAGGAAAAUAUGUGGUGGAAUUAUUUUUUAUCCUAUUAUGUGAUUGUAUUGUAAUUCUUAUUUGGCAUUACCGUUCUCUGAACUGUGUCUGUGUAUUUGUUAGGUGCUGAGUGACCUGAUUAGAGAUCAUGUCUGUGAACAUUUAGAGUCAUUUAUGUGUUUACUGUAGCACGUCCGUAUUUUUUGUUUCGUUUGCUUUUACAGCACGUAAUGUGACAUUUUAAAAUAAAGUUUGUUCAUUAUUUA